UUUCAGCUGAAAUUACAAACUGCCGAUUUCUAAGCACAAACAUGCUCAAUCCGUCUAGGUAACUAGAAUUCAACUGAGUUGAACAUCCGAUGCUUCGUUUCAAGAUUCAAUGCGCCCAGAAAUUAUAAACCCCAAUCAUCUCGCCAUUAUUUGGGAAUUAGCUACUGUUUUUACUAUUUCUCAGAAUGCAUAAUUCCAUGUCCAACCAAGGAUUCUACCGCACUGCGAAACAAGUUUUCAGCUCUACAAAAUCCAAUGAACACACCGCAAACUUGAUCGCGGAAUCCCUAAUUAAUUCGACCACAAGGCCUCUCCAAAUUGCAGAAUCUCUCAUUUCCAAAGUUAAUCCCUGUAUCACACAUCAUGUUCUCUCGAACCCACGAAUUCCCAGCUCUUCUUGCUUGCGUUUCUUUGAAUUUUUGCGGACGAAUCAGUCCAGUACUCCUCAAAAACCCGAUCUUGAAUCGCACAUUGUAAUCAUUCUGCGGCUUUUUGGAGCUAGAAAAUUUGCGGAGGCCAAGAAUAUUCUGAGUGCUGCUGUUGCAGAUGAAAAUCUUCGAUCCCCAUUUUCAGAAGUAGCUUCAUUAGUGAGUGAAAGCUGUGCAGAACCCACUGUAAAGAUUAAAUUCUUUGAUAUGUUAUUUCGGGUUUAUGCUGACAAUGGAAAGUUUGAUGAGGGCUUGGAGGUUUUCGAGUACAUGGUUAAUAAUAAGUUCGAGAUUGAUGAGCGUUCGUGCAUGGUUUAUUUGGUUGCAUUGAAGAAAUGCAACCGUUUUGGCUCACUGUGUGAUUUCUUUCUGAAAAUGGUGGAAUGUAAUGUGUUGAUUACUGUUUAUUCCAUGACAUUGGUUAUGGAUGGAUUGUGUAAAAGAAGGGAAGUCGAGAAGGCCAGAAAAUUGAUGCACGAUUUGGUUGAAAAAGGGGUUAAACCAAAUGCAUAUACUUUCAACACUUUGAUAGAUGCUUAUGUAAAGAAACCGAAUCACGAGGGAGUGAAAGAUAUCUUGGCUACCAUGGAGAAGGCAGGGGUGAAUUUCAAUGUGGCGACGUAUACUCUUCGAAUUAAUUGGCAAGCGAAAUACUUUGGUAUUGAAAAUGCAGUGAGGGUGUUUAAGGAAAUGUCUGAAAAAGGUGUAGAGGCAGAUGUUCAUGUGUACACAUUGAUGAUUAGUCUGUACUGUAAAAAAGGUGAUAUUAAGACCGCAUUUGCUUUAUUUGAUGAGUUGGUGGAGAAGGGGUUGGAGCCUAAUGCCCAUACUUAUAACUCAUUGAUAUAUGGUAUGUGCAAGAUGGGGAACGUGGAUGCAGCGAAGGUCUUGCUCAUUGAUAUGCAAAGCAAAGGAAUAAACUUGAAUCGAGUUAUUUUCAACACGCUGAUGGAUGGCUACUGCAAGAAAGGGAUGAUUGAUGAAGCUUUGAAGUUGCAAGCUGUUAUGGAGAAGAAGGGAUUUGAUCCUGAUGUGUACGUGUACACUAUGAUUGCCAAUUGUUUAUGCAAAUUAAACCGCCAUGAGGAAGCGAAGAAGGAACUGUUCUCGAUGGUGGAGAAGGGUGUCGCACCAAAUGUGUAUUCUUACACAACACUGAUCGAUAUAUACAGCAAGGAAGGUAAUCUUGUUGAAGCUACUAGAACGUUACAUGAGAUGGAGAAGAAUGGAGAGAAACCAAGCGUUGUGACAUACAACGUUUUAAUCCAUGGAUACUGCCGAAAUGGGAGGAUGAAGGAAGCAAAUGAAUUGAGGAGGAAACUGGAAGUUAAGGGGUUGCUGCCAGAUAGUUACACGUACACCUCCCUCGUGCAAGGAGAAUGUAUAGCUGGGGAUAUAGAUGAGGCUCUGAAGCUCUUCCGAGAGAUGCAGGCGAAGAAUAUAAAUCCGGAUGUGAUAACUUACACAGCAUUGAUAGCAGGGUUGUCCAAAGAGGGGAGAUCAGAGGAGGCUUUUGAGUUGUAUGACGAGAUGAAAGAAGCUGGUGUCACACCAGAUGAUACUGUAUACUCUUGUCUUGUGGGCAGCCUCCAUGCUACUCAAACUUAGUCUUCAAAUCUCGGAUGAGCGCUUGCUACAAAGGAAGGCUGCGUUUGAUUUGAUUGAUAUUGCUCGCUGGCAUGUCUCGUAUGCCAUAGCGUGGAGAGUCAGUCCAUCACAUUCCUUCAGAAGCUACUCCUUAUCAAGCUCAAACAACGAAGGGAGAUGCUCGGCUAUUGCAAAUUGCUUGGCCAGAAAAACCACACUCCUACAUUCUACAGCCAAUCACAGGUUCACCGUUCACGUCUUCUAAGGUGAUGCCCCAAUAUAUUCCGGAGCCAUGCUGUUAGAAGGGACAUGGUGAGAGACUGGAACUUUGAGGAUGUACUCGGCCAAAGCUCAAUAAUGCGGAGAAACUGCUCAAGAACGAAGGCUAUGCAUAGCUUCAGAGCUCGGGUAGAGAGCUACGAGGAUUUGAGGUUGGUUUAUGUUGUUUCCGAGUUGAUAAUAUUCACUUGUUGUGAGUAUUUGAGCAUUUGUAACAGAUUCAAAGUCCCUCAGACCAUCCGUGUAUAGCUUUUUUCAGAUUCCUCUCUUCCUUUUCUUUUCUCUGUAGAAAAAUGAUCGAAGCAAAACCAAGUGUAUAAAGGAUAGGAAUUCUGAUUGUCUCAA